AUGGUCGACGACACAUUCAACCCGGCGUUGAUCGUCGUUGAUUUGCAAGAAGACUUUUGUCCACCUAACGGCACCCUGGCCGUUGCCGAGGGCCGCGCCAUCGUCGCCGUCGUCAACGAGCUGCUGGCCCGCCCGCGCUUUGUGCUGCGCGUCGCCACCAAAGACUGGCACCCGCCCGACCACAUCUCGUUUGCGAGCAACCACCCGGGCAAGCGGCCGUUUGUCGACUUUGCGACCGUCACCAACCCGCUGAACCCGCGCGAGCCGUCGUACCAGACGCGCCUGUGGCCGGUCCACUGCGUGCAAAACUCGCCGGGCGCGCAGCUGCUGCCCGACCUGGACAUGCGGCGCGUCGACGUGGUCGUCGAAAAGGGCACCCACAAGGACGUCGAGAUGUACAGCGCCAUCUACGACCCGUUUACGAACCCGCGCGUCAGCGACAGCGGCCUCGUCGCGCGCCUCCGCGCGCACCGCGUGACGCACGUCUACGUCGUCGGCCUGGCCGCCGACUACUGCGUGCGCAGCACGGCGCUGGAUGCGCUGCACGAAGGGUUUGUGACGUACAUUGUCGAGGAGGGCACGCGCGCCGUGGACCCGGACGCGUGGCCGGCCGAGCGCGCGGCGCUGGCGGCGGCCGGCGUGCAGAUUGUGCACAUGGACAGCCCCGCCGUGGCCCAGCUGGGGUGA